AUGCACAACCCGCAAUCCGAGGAGAUGUCAAUCGACCCAGUCCUCCUCGCCCUAGACGCGCGCGCGGCAGAAGAGAGUGCAAAUACUGUCAUCGCACCAAGUACGGAUGAAGAUAAGCUAAAUGCUCUCGAGGCUCUUCUUCCCGGCGUGAGGGAGUACCUCCUCGACUCGGGGGACGGCCGUGGAGGACAUGCGCGCCAGGACAGAACCACAGGAUUCGGAUUCGGUUUUUCUCCUAGCGUCGAGAAGCAGGCCAAUGGUGGAUACCCAAACGGCGUAGUCGAGUCGAGGCAGCGCGAAGGGACUGGCUUUGCUCCGUCCUCCGUAGACCAGAGCAGACCGAACAGGCAUCGCAGGGAGGAGGACAGAGAGAAUGCAUUCAACCAAGAGAAGGAUUCCAGCGACGAGCGAAUCCAUUUCGAGAUGGAAGAUGUCGAGGGGAAAGACCCAGCAAGAACCGAGUAUCUAGCCUGGCUUUCCAAACAGUGA